CCAUAAGGAGCUUAUCGAAAAGGGGGUAACAAGAUUGUUUCUUCGAGCGUUUCGCGAUGAGUAAUACUUUGCUGACUUAACCGUGCGCUUUAUAAUGACCCGCCGAGGGUGAAAUAAAUCAUUAAGCCAUUUUGCUCAGCUCUCGUCGGUGGAAGCACACGCUGUUCUCAUUAACUCCCCGCACAUUUGAGGCGACAGGGACCUUUUCAGAAAUAUUGUCAAGCGUCAGGAAACUAUCUCAGAGACAUUUUCUUCACAUUGUGUAUAGUUUGUACAGAAUUCGAUUUGGAGCGGUUUCGUUUGUGUUCCGGAGAAGAUAACAAGUGCUGGAUUUUAUCUUAAGAGUUUUGGGAGGACUUGUACAUGAUUCGCUCUCUAGAAAAACGAUCAUUUUACCGAUGAGAAUAAAUUUGAAACAGGACAAUUACUGUUGAAUCUGGAAGUGUUGAAGUGUGCACUUUAUUCCUGAAUCAAAGAGUUUUAUUUCUGUGUUUCCUCCUGGAUUUACUGGAGAAAACUUAGACUAUUUCAACCGGGAGGCGGGAUUUCAAUAUUGUGCUAAUUUUGACGAACUUGGAAAAUACUCUGAGGAACCAACCAUGAUUACCAAACUCGCUGCUCAUGCAGCGCUUUACAUCACGGCGCUUUAUUUCUCACUCUACGCUGUAACAAGUGGGAAUGCUCAGUGUGUCGAGAAUGGAAUAAGUACAAAUAUAAGUAGCGAGCUAGUAAUAGCAGGAGGGAGUGUGUCCCUUUCCUGCUAUGUGUCGGGUGCUAAUGGACAAACGAUAUCGUGGGUGAGCCCCGCUGACGAUCUCCUCUCCGUUGACGCCGCCAUUUCAGCGAGCGCCGUGUCGAGGUUUACGAUCAGCGCCAAUAAUGCGAACCCGGACUGCGGGGUCUAUAACCUGACCAUCACGAACUUGACCAUGGCCGAUGCGGGAACGUACUCCUGCCGACCGACGACGGGUAUGAACCCGAUAUCGACCGAGAUCGUUUCUUUCGGAUACGAGCCGGCGUCGACCUAUCCGGAGUGUCGGGUGACGGGAGGUAGUACCCUUGUGAUGGCUGGAGACAUGCUCGAGUUCAUCUGCGAGACAGAGCCUGGUUUUCCCGUAUGGGAUCUCGCCUGGGAAAGCUCACAGUACGGCACGAUCACGCCGGCGCCCACCACUUCGAACACGACCAACAGCGAACUGAAAAGUAUCAUGUCGUCUCUCAACGCCACCACCGAUGAGAAUGGAAAGAUAAUGACCUGUAUCGCUAUCUGCCCUGAUCCCGAGUGCUUAGAUAAGGUUGAGCGGAACUGCAGCCUCGGGCAAAUCGUCGUCGUCGACAAUCCCGUCGACGAGUAUUUCUUCGUUACCAACCCUUUGGUGUCGGUGACGAUGGGUGCAAAUGCUAGCAUCGAAUGCCAAACUACGCUACCCGGGACGGAGCUGCAGUGGUUUCUUCAUGAAACUGUGACAGAGAACUACGUCACUGAGACGACACCUACCGGGCAAUCGGCGACCAUCUACAUCACGGACGUUUCGAACAGAACCGUCGAAAACCCAUUCAUCUGUUCCCUAAGUAUUAAUGGAGCUAUCAUCUCAACGAGGAAAGCGUUGCUAACAUUCGAUCCCCCGCCGACCACGGACAUGCCGACUACGGUGAUGCAAACAACGAUGUCGACCAUGGGAGGGCCGACGGCGGCUUUAAAUGCGACAGAAUUUGCUCCAAUGAACGUAACAGCUACGCCUAGCAUGUUGGUGAAUACGACACUGAAUGCGACAAGCCAGCAAGGUAACAUGACAACGACUCCACCUUCAACCAAUGUGACGGCUACUCAAGCUGUUGGUAACACGACGUUCGGAACGACUGCCGGUCCGACAAUGAAUACUACGGCAGCAGCAAACACUACUCAACAAUUCACCACACAAGCGCCUUUGUUGCGGACGAACACAACCAGUCUGAACACAACUCAACAACCACAGAAUACGACGCUGCCGUCAACAACGAUGCAGGAAGGCGCUAAUACGACGGCCGGAUCAGACAACACUACAGGAACCAUGCAGCCCGUUAAUCCCACCAUCGUUCAACGCACUGUGUCAACGGUCCAAUGGUGGAAUCCACUGACAACUCUCUUCCCGCAACAAACCAUGUUCCCUCAACAACCUACGAAUGUGCAACCACAAGAUCCGUCAACAGCUGCGUCAACAGCCGCGUCAACAGCCGCGUCAACAGGCGCUCCGACAACGCCAGUUGCGUCAGGUCCGACUAGCGCCAUCGCCGCAUUCUUCACACUCCCAGUUAUCAUGGGAAUCGCCGCGGUCGGUGGUCUCCUCCUCAUCUUCAUCGUCGCGGCUAUCGUCUGCGUCCUGACGUCGAGGAAUCGACGCGGCGGUGGGCACGACGUCGAGGAACUAACCGAACUAUCCAAGCGAACCUCCAAACCGAUCCGACUUGAUCCGUUUGAGGUUCCCGCCAACAGGACAACCGCAUCCGAUCCGACUUUCGCUGCUUUCGGGAAGGGAACGUCAACGCAAGACCUUAUCAACAUUGGAGAUGAAAAUCCGUCUAAUGCGCAACAGAAUGGUAGCAACAACGUUGGGAGAGGUAACAAGAACAACGGAAACGCCGACACAAGGCCACUCACUGCCAAUGAUAUGCUCAGUAAUGGUCUCGAUAACCACGGAAUGUCCGAUUCAAUUCUCUAAUCGAACAAUGGCAAUAUUUCAAUUAAUUGUACUCUGCCUUAUUUCAAAAGAUGAAGAAUGUUAUCUGCUUCUUUUAGAAGAAAUGAGCUUCCAGUUCGAGACGUAUUAGUUUCCUGUGCACAGGGUGUUGCCCUGUGGUCUAAUUGUUUAUACCCCAGUCACAUUGACGAGACCGACAUAGGAUCGAUAACAGAACGAACCAAAAUGCAUUACAUCUGCUCGCCAGUUAUAUCGUUCUGUUUGCAGUUAGUGUGGAGAAGGUUUUGCGCUGUGACUGAGUUGAUAUAUCCCAGUCACACUGCGAAGUCGACUCCUCACCUAAUCCAAACCGAUUCAUUCUUGGCCUUUCGGAGUAUUGAAGAAAACAAAAUCUGUCACUUGUCGUUCUGGUGUCGGUCCAGUUGGUAUGACUGGGGCAUUGAUUUAUCAUGCAACACAAUAUCAUUUAGUAUCAGUCGUAUGAUAUGACGAGUUUUGAAGAAAAAAAAUCAAGCCUUUCUUUAGAAAUAUUACCCAAUACAUUUGUGAGCGUUAUCAGAUCUUCCAUUUUCCUUUAAACUCUCACAGUAAUAAAUCAAUAUCUUCUAUUAUCAUCCGCUCAUCAUUAUCUAUACAGGGUAACCGAAUGCAGUAGAGAGUAUUGUAUACAAAAUGUAUUUUUUAUCAAUAUUCUAAGCUGCUCUUUUUAUAGUUAAUCAUUGAUUAGUUAGUCUAUAGAAGCUGUUUUGACAAAUUGUUCCUUUCAUUAACAAACGUUACACGUGGACAUGAUCAAUUUGUAUACAUCGUUGAUUAACGUUGUAAGUUAAUCAUCGUGAUUUUGAUGACUGAUAUCUCAUCACUGUAUAGUCAGAGAAGAAUUUGAUCAAAGAUGAGAUACUAGAUAGGUAAUUUGCAGUUACGUAUCUAUAGCAUUGCUUCGAAUUCAUACCUUGCUCUAUAUCAUAUCGAAAAUCUAUUACUCUUGGCCUAUUUGAUACAAGGCGUCAAAACAAAAGAACUGAUUCUAAUUGCCUGAAGAGUGGUACACAAAAUACGAUUUUUUUUUUGACAGACGAAUACAAGAAAGGUGUAGCUGUACCUCUUAAUUUUUGCUCCUUAAUGGGAGGAAACAGUUCCCUCAUUAAUGAUGGAUGUAAUAAGUCAUCUUAUUUUUCGUAACACAGCAAAGAACUUUCUUUUGGGGGCAAGAUAUUACAUCCUCAAACAAUGACUCUUUUACUGCCAAAUGACGGGGAGGAAAUAGGCUUGAAUGGUUUCUUGGCAUGUUCGUCAUUGUGAUAAUGGAUCAGAACAUAUUGGAUUUCUUUAAAUCUCGAGGUUAGUUCCAAAACAUUAACUCAUUUUUGAA